CGGGGAAGGCUAUGGGUGGGGGGGCGCCGAGCCGAGAUCCCGGGCUGUCGAGGGGUCCGGCGGGCGUGCGGGGAUGAGCGGAUCCCUGAGCCGGGCAGCGGCGGCUGUGCUCCGCUGGGGGCGCGGUGCGGGCGGCGGCGGUCUGCGGGGCCCGGGCGUGCGGACGGCGGGCUCGGGCGGCGGCGGGGGCAGCUCGGGGGAGCAACUGGACGCCCUGGUGAAGAAGGACAAGGUGGUGGUCUUCCUCAAGGGGACUCCGGAGCAGCCCCUGUGCGGCUUCAGCAACGCGGUGGUGCAGAUCCUGCGGCUGCACGGCGUCCGCGACUACGCGGCCUACAACGUGCUGGACGACCCCCAGCUCCGGCAAGGCAUUAAAGACUAUUCCAACUGGCCCACCAUCCCGCAGGUGUACCUCAACGGCGAGUUCGUGGGGGGCUGUGACAUUCUGCUGCAGAUGCACCAGAAUGGGGACCUGGUGGAGGAACUGAAAAAGCUGGGGAUCCGCUCGGCCCUUUUGGAUGAAAAGAAAGACCAAGACUCAAAGUGAGGGCGGCCCGGGGCCUCCCCGGGUAGUAGGGGGCUGUCGGUGCCGAGCCUCGGUGCCGAGCCCCGCUGCCAGCAAAGCCGUACUGAUUCUGAUUUUCGCUCCUCACACGGCAGCUGCUUGCACCGAUCCCUCCCGUUUGUAAGCAGUUGGGUGAUUGUAGUGUGUCUGGGGUUUGGGCUGCGAAUAUUCGAUUGUGAACUUAAUUAUAACCACUGCACUGUAAUAAUUCAACGUUGUAUUAUGAUAUUGUUAUAAACAAAAUCUGUUCUUAUAUUGUCAUUUGCUCUUUGCCUGAUUCAGGAGUAAAACCAGGAGCUUUUGAAUCAUCGUUACUCAUGAAUCCUCUGCAAAUAUGUCAGUCGGCAAAGAUAAUAUAUCCCCCCCACGCCCCCACCCCUGAUUUGUCAUAGCUGCUUCUGUUAAGAAAAAUGAUGGCCGAGGAAGAAGAUGUGGGAACUGGGGCAUUGUUUUUUACAAUAAACGGCCAACCCAGGAA